AUGGAGACUACGUCCUCCAAGCAUCGGCGCAAUGCAUCCCUAAGAUCUACACGACCCCGAAGCAGUACGAAAGGUCCUCUCGAUAUGCCAAAUGAUAUGGAUUCUGAAGCCCCGACCCGUACCUCACAAGAUCAAACACCUACUGCUGCAGGCCAGCCGACUUCUUCUGCCAGGAGUUCAGUGCUGUCGACGUUCUCGUUGCCAGUUCAUAGGAACCUUUCCUUCUUGCUUCGUCCGGAUAUAUAUCAUCCUCUAGUACAGUUGGAUAUACCGCCCGCGCUUCGUUCAGAUUUCCCCAAACUACCUGAAAGUCCUUCUUUGCAACCACUCUUGCUGACGCUGGAUGAAUUACUAAAUGGCGGGCACUUUCUUCUGGCUGCGCACAUAUCAGCACUAAUAUUGACAUCGUCUGCUGUGUCUCCAAAUGAUCACGUAAACAUAUUCUCCCUUUUUUAUACUCGUCUUGCAUGUCUGGAACUCUCCGGAAAGACGUUGCUUGCAGCCCAGGAAGUAAAGGCAAUGGAAGAUCUAAGUUCUGCCUUCUACUAUGUCGACGGUGAUACCGAGAAUCGCUCUCACCACUUGGUGCCGUGGCCUCUCCGUGUACUGGCCGUAAGAUUACAGAGUAUCGGAUUUGGUGAUGCAAGGAGAGGGAUCACUGGCCUUUACGAGCUUGGGCUAGAAGCUAGGGGACAAAUUUCGCGCCCGGAAAUUGGGCAUGAAGAAAAGGAGAUGUGGCGGAGCCGGUUAAGCGACUUAGGAAUUCGAGUUGUCAACGCCCUCAUAGAGAUGGGCGAUUUGGACGCGGCACGACGGUCACUAAAUAAUAUGCAAGCAUCACAGAAUAAUGGCACAGGGAUAGCGAGGAUGGCGUUGCUAUACCUAAGGAUCGGAGAUCUAGAUGCAGCAAAGAUUCUAUUGGAAGCCUCGCCAAGGGUAGCUGGUGGCAUAUUGUACCCUCUACUGAGUAUGGCUGAAGGCCGGUUUACCGAUGCUGUCACUGAAUGGAGAGAUCUCUAUAACGGCCCUGGUGGGAAGGAUAAUGAGGUUUUGCUAAUGCAAAAUCUAGCGGUUUGCCUGCUCUAUGUAGGAAAGCUAAGUGAGUCCCGGGAAAUUCUUGAGACCCUCGUUGAAAGAAGUAAUUCCUUCCAGAGUCUCACGCUUAACCUAGCGACCAUUUAUGAGCUCUGCCUAGAGAACCCUCACCACCUUAAAGUCAACUUAACUCAAAGGGUUGCGGACCAAGAGCCAUCGAGACUUAUCAGUAGGGAGCGGCCAAGUUCAACAUUUAAGAUAACAAACUGA